CCGGAAGUGAUGACGUGUGCCGGGAAUUGUGGACUAGGCAUAGAAGCGUAGGCAGCUGAUUACCGAUCAAUAAGCAAUCGAUUGCCGAGCUCAGAUUGGUGUGACACACAGGACCUAGAGCCAUGGAGGCUCUUUACCAUCAAAGUAACAAACAUGUCCAUGAAGUUCAGAAUCAGAUGGGACGGCUGGAGUCAUGUGACAAACAGUCUGUACAUAUCCUAGAAAACGAGAUCCAAGCCAGAAUAGACCAGAUUUUUAGUAACCUGGAGCGUCUAGAGAUCUUGUCUAGCAAAGAACCUCCCACCAAGCGUCAGAAUGCCAAAAUGAGAGUCGAUCAUCUGAAAUACGAUGUGCAGCAUCUGCAGACAGCAUUGCAAAACUUUCAGCAUAGGCGCUACGCCCGGGAGCAACAGGAGCGAGAGCGAGAGGAGCUGAUGGCACGGACUUACACCACCAACGAUUCAGAGACCUCAAUACACAUUGAUGAGACCCUCCAAUAUAAUUCCUCCGUCCGUAAUGCACACCAAGGGAUAGACGACCUUCUGGGGAGUGGGACCAGUAUACUGGAAGGGAUGAGGGACCAAAGGAAGACCUUAAAGGGAACCCAGAAAAAGAUCCUGGAUGUUGCAAACAUGCUUGGCCUUUCCAACACGGUUAUGCGGCUGAUUGAGAAGAGAGCGUUCCAGGACAAGGCCAUCAUGAUUGGAGGGAUGCUGCUGACUUGUGUGGUUAUGUUUCUAGUCAUCAAAUACCUGACAUGAGAUGGAGGAUGAACCCUCUGUUCCCUGGACUGCGCCUCAGCCUCCUAUCUGUGCUUUUCCCCACCCCCUCAUCAUAUGCUGUGAAAUCUCGGUAAAGCCACUAAAGAAGAGGAAGGAGGAAAGUAUUUUAAGGAAGAACAGACUUUUAAACAAGACAUUGAAUGCUUAACGAACUAGAGAUGCAGAUGUUCUUAAGUGUAUUUAAUACUUUUCUCAACUGCACAUUGUCUAUUAAAAGUACAUACCGCCA